AUGUGGUUGAAGGCGUUUCAGCAGCAUAACGCUGACUCGCCAGAAUGCGUUGAUUUCUCCGCUCUAAGAUCAGCGACUUGGGCCCAAGAAAAGCCCGCUACUGAAACUGACAACAAGAGUCCCUUCCAAAUACCUGUCGCUGAACGUCCCAGAGACAAACAACUACAACAAGCCCAUGUUAAGUCCAAGCUGUCGGCUGCCGAGAAGGAACUCAUGUCUUUGUUACCAGAUCUUGGACCAGCGACUCUCUUGGUCGACAACUAUUUUGAUCGCAUCCACUGGUUCAUAUUAGUCUUUCACCAUGAUUUUAGAAGAAAGUUCCAGGAUCUCUACAAAUACGAAGUUUCUCUUUCCGGCCCAUCAAAAGGUAUAGGCUUUGUAGCUGUUCUCUUGGCUGUUUUCGCUACCAGCUUGCAUCACAUCGGCGCGCAAGAAGGCAAGCUCAAGUCUCAUAAUAUUGACCCAAAAGAACUGAAAGACCGGAUAUUAGACACACUCAAAUUGAGAUUCUUGGAUGUUGUAUCAAGAGGUUCUCUUGAGGCGGUGCAAUUCUGCGUUUUGCUAGCAAGCUAUUACUUGUACCACGGUGAACCUGGAAUGGCUUGGCCGCUAUCUGGUUCUGGGUUGCGAAUCGCCCAAGCACUGGGACUUCAUCGAAAAGCGACACCUGGAGAUCCUAAUGAUCAGCCUCUGAAUCAGCAGAUACAAGACCAGAAACGGGCAUGGUGGGCCGUCUGCGAGAUCGAUACGUUCUGCUCAAUGCUUUAUGGAUUUCCUUUAGGAUUUUCCGAUACCGAUUGCAAUGCCGAGCCUCUGGAUCCAUAUGAUAAGUACUCUGGGUCGAUUAAGGAGUCUCGCCAGACAAUGAGACCAUCGUUGUUGUUUUAUAAAUGUGCGAUGUCAAGGCUGUCGGCUAUUGUCAAGUCCGCAUUGGUUGAGCUAUAUGGCACUAGGCAUGGCGAUCGAAAGAGAAAGAACAGUCUAAAAGGCCUUUUCGAUAAAGUUGCGGUUUCGAAUGGGCGUCUCCAAGAGUGGCAUGGAAAACUAGCUCCGAAGCUCAAGUUUGAUAAUCAUGACUCUCUGUCAGACGUUCAAGUUACGAGGGACUACGAAAGAACUGGAAAAGAAUUCGAAAACCAUCUGUUCCGCUUACAAGCACUUUCUCUCAAGCUGGCAUACGAGAAUGCGAAGAUUCUAAUCCAUAGGCCACUUCUAUCAUUCAGGCUGGCCAGUUCGACUUCAACAGACACAGCCACUUCCAAUAUUGACCCAUUUCGGCUGGCAAUGCAAGAGUGUAGGGAGGCUGCACUCCAGAUGUCAAAGGUCGCUUCAACCCCUUACCUCUUAGAAGCAUCUGAGACAUACGCUGUAGCUGUUGUGUCACUGCACCUAUUGACGGCGGGUGUCACACUCUGUAUUUCGAUCACCCUUGAUGCCUUGGCUUCCAACUCGACCGAGGCAAUAUCUGGAAUACGACAGCUGAUGCAGGUACAGAACCUUCUGAAGGAUAGAUCAAUUGUUGCCGCACAGAGUCUGGAUAUCACCAAAAGAUUGAUGGGCCUUGUGCUGGCAAAAGCAGGCAAUCAUUGGCCAGAGACUGCGCCUGUUAGUAGUACAUACUCAGACGUCCCUCCCAGAUACGGAAGUGGGAAUAACUCUACAGCACCCGAAAGAGGAUGUACUGGACCAGCACCGUCGCCAGAGACGAACAUUGACUUGAACUCGCCACCAAAAGUGAACGAUGGUAGCAUAACUGAUACACUGAGCAUGAGCUUCGCAGAUCAAGAUAUUACUGUCUGCGCUGACGCGUCUGUGGAGGACACCAUUCUAGAGUAUGAACAAGGUGAGCGUCGGCUGAGGAAGAACUACCAAAUAUUAUAG